UCCCUGCCUCAGUAACUGGAGUAGCUGCAGGCUGAAGAGUGUGCCAUCACAGCACUGAGGAAAACGAAACUAGGAAAGGUCAGCGAGCAGUCAGUGCCACACAACACAUCUAGGCAGAAGGAUGGCUUCCAGGUUGCAGUCCAAACCAAGACCUGGAGACCUGAUUGAGAUUCAUCGCUGUGCCUAUUCUCACUGGGCUAUCUAUGUGGGAGACGGCUAUGUGGUUCACCUGGCUUCUCCAAGUGAAUUUGCAGGAGCUGGUUUGUCCAGCAUCAUGUCUCUCCUGACUGAGAGAACCAUAGUGAAGAAAGAGAAGCUAUCCAAAGUGGCCGGAUCAGACAACUACCAGGUCAAUAACAAAUAUGACGACAGGUAUUCACCACUGCCUAUCAACAAAAUUGUCAAGCAGGCCAUGGAGCUGGUGGGGAAGGAGCUACACUAUUCACUGACCAGCAUGAACUGUGAGCAUUUUGUGACUGAGCUGCGCUACGGAGUUCCAUGCAGUGAUCAGGUUGCUGAAGUGGCCACAAAGGUAACUGUGGGAGCAAGUGUCCUGGCCGGUCUAGGAUUAAUUGGGAUCCUGCUGUCCCGAAGCAAGCGGGAAAGACAAUAAACCCAAGGCAUUAUCUUGAUGGCAUCAGCUCAUAUGGGGGAAUCUUGCUUAGCCAGUAGUAGCAGGGUUUGCUUUACUGAUUCCAGUCUCUUUUGUGGUCACAGACCCUUAUUUUAGUGGAGCUAAGUAAAAGCACAGAAAAAUUUUAUUUGUGGGACUAAUUAAUUGAAUAUGAAUUCUUUUUUUGGUUUUGGUUUUGUCUGUUCAAAUCCGCUUCCUUAUUGGCUUUGGAAGUUUCUUUUAGCUAAUAGUAAUGUGUAAAAUUUUAGAUUUUUUUGGUCAGAUCUGGGAAAAUCUCAAUCAAAUGCUUUCUAUGAAUACCGUAAAAGGUCAGAGUAUCAACGUUUCCUUUUUGUGUAGUGUCUGAUCUUAUAUUCUCUAUUAAUUGAUCUACUUAUCAACCUAUCUGUGACUGACAGUCUUGUUACAGUGGACUUUGAUGUGUUGGAUGCCAACUUUGUGUCGUAUUUAAUGUCAGAUCGGCACAAAAUUAAAGUUUCCCCAAAAUGUUUUUAUGAUUCACUGUAUUGCAUUUAUUGGAUUAUCAAAUACUUCAUAGACCUUUGUUUGAAAGUUCUCUUGUUUUCUUAAUGAAUUCUGCCAUUGUAUACUUUCAAAAGUUUUGCUGCAAUUUUUAUCUCAAUGUCAGAAUAAUUACAUUGAAAUUAUUGCUCAUUUGACCUUUUCAUAUUUCAUGAAUUUUAUUGUUUGCUUUUUAAAUCCUCUAAUAAAAAUUUUAGCUGAUUUAUUUUUUAUUGA